CCUCUAAGCGUCACUUGAGCAGGAGCGCCGCACCAAGUCGCAUCCCAAACUCUCCGUGCACACGCUCAAACCUUCCUCCUCCUCUUCUUCGUUUCUCUCCUCCUCCUGUGCUUCCUCGCCGGGGCAUGGCAGGUGCGGCGGCCGGCUGUGAGUGCACGCUGAGCGGCGUGUUCAGCUCCGGCUGACCGGGCGAUGCUCCUGCUUCAGGUCCGCCACUGCAAGCUUGUGGAAGUGGUUUUUUUUUUCUUUCUUUUUUUUGGUAUGUGGAUUUAAAGUGGACUCGCCUCCCGAAUAGGAUUUAAUAGACGCCACUCUCAUUUUUACCUCUUUUGGGAGAUAGCAAAGAAAAGCUGUUUCUUUUUUUUUUUUUUUUUUGGACGUGCUUCUAUUGCAUCCGCAGUGCGGUUGCGAAUGACAUCUGCAGAGUGUACAGGUGCAUAAUGUCCUCCAUCUUGAAAGAGGCUUGAUCCUGAUCGACAGAGAGUAGUGGGCCGUGCCUCCAUCCCGCCCUACGCAGCCAUGAUGUCCAGGACACGGAUCUGCUUUUUUCUAUGCUGUUUCAUUUCCACGUUGGCGCCGCUCACCACGUCAAAAACGGCGGUACGAGCUCCGCAAUCUUACGGCUCCCAAGUGAUCACGGCGUCUUUAGAGGAGGAAGAGUACGCUUCGUUUCGUGCCGAGAACCCCGAAUGGACAUUCAACCAUUUGGCGGUGGACUAUCGCAAUGGCAACGUUUACUUGGGAGCGGUUAAUCGCAUCUAUAAACUUUCACCGGGUUUGGAGGUUCACUUGUCUCACGAAACCGGCCCGGAUGAGGAUAACCGCAAGUGCUACCCGCCGCGGAUUGUGCAGCCUUGCAGCGAACCGCUGACGCUCACCAAUAACGUCAACAAGAUGCUGCUGAUGGACUACCGGGAAAACCGGCUGCUAGCGUGCGGGAGUCUCUACCAGGGUAUCUGCAAACUGCUGCGCCUGGACGAUCUCUUCAAGCUCGGAGAACCCUUCCACAAAAAGGAACACUACCUCUCUGGGGUCAACGAGAGCGGCUCUGUGUUUGGCGUCAUCGUUUCCUACGGGAACGCCUCCCCGGACAUGUUGUUUGUCGCCACGGCGGUGGACGGCAAGCCGGAGUACUUCCCCACCAUCUCUAGUCGCAAGUUGGCCAGAAAUUCCGAGGAGGAUGGGAUGUUCGCUUAUGUCUUCCACGAUGAGUUUGUGGCCUCGAUGAUUAAAAUCCCCUCUGACACUUUCACCGUCAUACCAGACUUUGACAUUUAUUACAUUUACGGCUUCGCCAGCGGGAGCUUUGUCUACUUCCUUACGUUGCAGCCUGAAAUGGGGGGCAGCCCGACCACCGGGUCCUCCUCGGCAGGCCGAGAACAGGUCUACACCUCCAAGAUAGUCCGACUGUGUAAAGCAGACACCGCCUUCAACUCGUACGUUGAGGUGCCUAUCGGAUGCGUCAGCGGCAAUGUGGAGUACCGACUUCUGGAAGCGGCCUAUCUGUCCAAAGCUGGCGCCAACUUGGCGCGCUCGCUGGACGUCGCGCCGGACGACGACGUCCUUUUCGCCGUCUUCUCCAAGGGUCAGAAAAGGAGACCCCAGCAGGAAUCCCAGGACUCUGCCCUUUGCGUGUUCUCGCUUCGCAAAAUCAACGAGAGGAUCAAGGACAGACUCCAGUCGUGCUACAAGGGCGAGGGCACGCUCGACCUGGCUUGGCUCAAGGUCAAAGAUAUUCCCUGCAGCAGUGCGCUCCUGACCAUUGACGACGACUUCUGCGGCCUGGACAUGAACGCACCCCUCGGGGUGUCGCAGAUGGUGCGCGGUAGGCCCCUCUUCUCCGACGCCAAUGAUAAGAUGACCUCCGUCGUGGCCUACGUCUACAAGAACCACUCGCUGGUCUUCGUGGGCACCAAGAGCGGGCGCGUGAAGAAGAUCCGAGUGGACGGUUCUUCACGGGCCCUGCAGUACGAGACGGUCCAGGCGGUGGAAAGUGGACCGGUCCUCCGCGACAUGGCCUUCUCCUCGGAUCAUCACUACCUUUACGUCAUGUCCGAGACCCAGCUUUCCAGAAUGCCAGUGGAAGCUUGCGGUCAAUAUUCCACCUGUAGCGAAUGUCUUGGAUCGGGUGACCCUCACUGUGGCUGGUGUGUCCUACACAACACGUGUACCAGAAAGGAGAAAUGCGAGCGGUCGUCGGAGCCUCGCCGCUUUGCGUCCGACAUCAAGCAGUGUGUACGCCUCAGCGUACACCCCAACAACAUCUCCGUGUCCCAGUUCAGCGUGACGUUGGUCUUGGAAGCUCACAACGUGCCAGAGCUUUCGGCAGGAGUGAACUGCACCUUCGAGGACCUGGCGGAGAUGAACGGUCUGGUGGAGGGAAAUCGCAUCAAGUGCUUCUCCCCGGCCGAGAAAGAGAUGCCACGUGUCGUGGUCGACAAAGGCGACCACCAGAUCGUGCAACUGUAUCUCAAGUCCAAGGAGACCGGCUUGGCUUUCGCCAACACCAGUUUUGUUUUCUACAACUGCAGCGUACACAAGUCGUGUUUGUCAUGCGUUAGCAGUCCGUACCAGUGCCACUGGUGCAAAUACAGACACGACUGCACGCAUGAUCCACGUACAUGCUCCUUCCAGGAGGGUCGAGUCAAAAAACCAGAGGAGUGCCCCCAGCUGCUGCCUGCUGAGCGUAUCCUGGUACCGGUGAACGUGGUGAAGCCCAUCACUUUGCGAGCCAAGAACCUACCCCAACCUCAGUCGGGCCAACGGGGCUACGAGUGCCUGCUGACCAUCCAGGGCAACGAACACCGCGUCCCCGCCUUGCGUUUCAACAGCUCCUCAGUGCAGUGUCAGAACACUUCGUACUUCUAUGACGGGAUGGAGAUGAGCAGCCUUCCCGUGGAGCUGACCGUCAUCUGGAACGGCGACUUUAGCAUCGAUAACCCCGCCCAUAACAAAGUUCAUCUCUACAAAUGCGACGCCCAGCGUGGAAGCUGUGGCCUGUGCUUGAAGGCGGACCCUCUGUUUGGUUGCGUGUGGUGCAAAGGGGAGAACCGAUGCACCCUCAAACAACAUUGCCCGCAUCCGGAGAACCAGUGGCUGGAGCACAACGGCAUCAACAGCAAGUGUACCCACCCACGUAUUACGCAGAUUACUCCUCUACGAGGUCCCAGGGAAGGCGGCACCCUCGUGACCAUUCGCGGCGACAACCUCGGCUUGGAGUUUCGCGAGAUCCAGGGCAACGUGAAGGUGGCAGAGGUGGAAUGCACGCCCAUCCGGGACGGUUACAUCCCUGCAGAGCAGAUCGUGUGCGAGAUGGGCCGUGCCGAGAAGAGUCAGUACACGGGGAAUGUCAAGGUGUGCGUCGGCGUAGGGGAGUGUCGGCCGGAAUUCACAGCCAAGUCGUCCAAAUACUACUACUUUGUGAUCCCAAGGAUCCACAGCAUCAAGCCUAACAGAGGCCCCGUCUCCGGGGGAACGGUGGUCAGCAUCACAGGGAGCCAUCUGGACGCCGGCAGCAACGUGUCCAUUAUGUUUAAAGACCAGCCGUGCACCUUUCUCAAACGCGAUGGAUUAUGGCUAACGUGCCGUACGCACGCGUCGUUGAACGGCUACGGCAACGUGGCGGUGUCGGUGAGUAUCGACAAAGCCCAGCUCCAGAAGGACCUGCGCUUCGAGUAUGUGGAGGACCCCACCAUCACCAAGAUAGAGCCCGAAUGGAGCAUCUACAGUGGCCACACUCCGGUGACAGUGACAGGAACCAACCUGGACAUCAUCCAAACACCGCUAAUCAGAGCCAAAUACAACAAUCACGAGACACUCAACUUGUGCCAGGUUCUGAGCCCGACAUCAAUGCAGUGUCAGGCCCCGGAGCUUCCUAUCAGUCUGGCCCAACAACAGGAGGCACCGGAGAGGCCCGAUGAGUUCGGAUUCAAACUGGACGACGUCCAGGCCGUCAUGGCGCUCAACAACACCAACUUUAUCUACUACCCCAAUCCCGAGUUUGAGCCUCUCAGCCCGUCCGGUGUUCUGGAGCUUAAACCCGGAUCGCCCAUCAUCCUCAAGGGACGGAACUUCCUGCCUCCUACCAGCAGUGGAAACGGAAAGAUGAACUACACGGUUCUCAUCGGAGAAAAAACGUGCAUGUUAACCGUAUCAGACAGCCAGCUGCUUUGCGAGUCGCCCAACCUGACGGGACGCCAUAAAGUUCUGGCUCGGGUAGGUGGAAUCGAGUUCUCGCCUGGCGUGGUCCACAUCACGUCGGACAGCCCGCUAAGCAGCACGGCCAUCAUCGGCAUCGCAGCGGCCGGGGCUUUGCUGCUCCUUGCCAUCGUCAUGGUGCUCAUCGCCUACAAGCGCAAGUCUCGCGAAAGUGACCUGACCCUCAAGCGGCUGCAGAUGCAGAUGGACAACCUGGAGUCGCGGGUGGCGCUGGAAUGCAAGGAGGCUUUCGCAGAGCUACAGACUGACAUCCACGAAUUGACGAGCGACUUAGAUGGCGCGGGAAUCCCUUUCCUGGACUACAGGACGUACACCAUGAGAGUCCUGUUCCCAGGGAUUGAGGAGCAUCCUGUACUCCGAGACCUUGAGGUUCCAGGCUACCGACAGGAGCAGGUGGAGAAGGGCCUGAAGCUGUUCGGCCAGUUGAUCAACAACAAAGUCUACCUACUGUGCUUCAUCCGCACAUUGGAGGCGCAGCGGGGCUUCUCCAUGCGAGACCGCGGCAACGUGGCCUCGCUCAUCAUGACAGUUUUACAAAGCAAGCUUGAAUACGCCACCGACGUCCUGAAGCACCUUCUGUCCGACCUCAUCGACCGUAACCUGGAGAGCAAGAACCAUCCCAAGCUCUUGCUUCGCAGGACCGAGUCUGUGGCGGAGAAAAUGCUGACCAACUGGUUCACCUUUCUCCUUUACAAGUUUCUCAAGGAGUGUGCGGGCGAGCCGCUCUUCUCGCUCUUCUGCGCCAUCAAGCAACAAAUGGAGAAAGGUCCCAUUGACUCCAUCACAGGAGAGGCGCGUUACUCUCUAAGCGAGGACAAGCUCAUCAGACAACAGAUCGACUACAAGACGCUGGUGGUGAAUUGCAUCCACCCGGAGAAUGAGAAGAGCCCGGAGAUUCAGGUGAAGGCACUCAACUGUGACACCAUCAGCCAGGUGAAGGAGAAGAUCCUGGAUGCCAUUUACAAGAACGUGCCGCACUCGCAUCGCCUCAAAGCCUCCGACAUGGACCUUGAAUGGCGUCAAGGCCGAGGCCAGCGUGUGCUUCUGCAGGACGAGGACGUCACCACCAAGAUCGAAGGAGACUGGAAGAGACUCAACAUGCUGGCCCACUAUCAGGUGCCUGACAACGCCGUGAUGGCCUUGGUUCCCAAACAAGUAACGGCGUACAAUUCGGUGAACAACUCCACUGUGUCUCGAACGUCUGCCAGCAAAUAUGAGAACAUGAUCAAGUACACUGGAAGUCCCGACAGCCUGCGUUCCCGGACGCCCAUGAUCACGCCAGACCUGGAGAGCGGCGUCAAGGUGUGGCACCUGGUCAAGAACCACGAGCACGGUGACCAGAAGGAAGGUGACCGUGGCAGCAAGAUGGUCUCCGAGAUCUACCUGACCAGACUUCUGGCUACCAAGGGCACGUUACAGAAGUUUGUGGAUGAUCUUUUCGAGACUAUCUUCAGCACAGCGCACCGAGGAAGCGCCCUGCCGCUCGCCAUCAAGUACAUGUUUGACUUCCUGGACGAGCAGGCCGAUAAACACAACAUCCACGACCCGCAUGUGCGACACACGUGGAAGAGCAACUGCCUACCUCUGCGUUUCUGGGUGAACGUGAUCAAGAAUCCUCAGUUCGUGUUCGACAUCCACAAGAGCAGCAUCACCGACGCUUGCCUGUCUGUGGUGGCACAGACCUUCAUGGACUCCUGCUCCACCUCGGAGCACCGCCUUGGGAAGGACUCGCCGUCCAACAAGCUGCUCUAUGCCAAGGACAUCCCCAGCUACAAAAGCUGGGUGGAGAGGUAUUACUCAGACAUCGGCAAGAUGCCGGCCAUCAGCGACCAGGACAUGAACGCCUACUUGGCGGAACAAUCACGCAUGCACAUGAGCGAGUUCAACAGCAUGAGCUCUCUGAGUGAGAUCUACUCCUAUGUGGGCAAAUACACUGAGGAGAUUGUCUGUGCACUGGAGCAGGACGACGCGGCCAGGAAGCAGCGGUUGGCCUUCAAACUGGAACAGGUGGUGGCCUUCAUGACGUUGGAGAGCUGAGGACCGCACUUCCCAGGGUGCCACUGGGAAGAAGAGAAGAGACAUCCCCCCCUCCGCCCUCCCAACCCUUCCGCCCACCGUCCGCACUCUUGUCCGACACCGAGCCGUGCCUGAGCGAAAACCUGUUCCUCUUAUGUUUUCAUUCCUGCUUCCUCGAUUGAAUUAUUUUGGGUCCCUCAUCCGCUGCUGCAUACAGACACCGAGAAAAUGUUUUACAUUUUUACGUUGCCUUUAAGAAUGUACAAACAGUAAUGCUUUCAAAUCGGGAGGAGUGCGACAAAUUGACGGCGGUUCUACGGAUCUUGGACAGGCGACUGGGAUCAAUGCAAAUAUUUUGUUCCUUUUUCUCUCCCUUGUAGCUGGAUUUGCAUUCAAGACUGAGGUUAAGGGCUCAGGAGGGUACUGACAAUGCUGCAGAGCCCCCUCCCCCCUAGCACACGUUUACUAGCAUUAGCUUCCACGCUUCCAUCUGGCUAAAAAAUGAAACAACUUUCUCCUCUACCAAGCCCGACGCGGCCCGAUGGGCUCCUCUGUAAGAAGCACACAAAGAUAACGUGUGUGUGUGUGUGUGGUUUGAGAGCACAUACACACAUUUACACACACACUAAUCAACAAUGUCCCGGUAUGUGCGGACAUACAAAGUUGGUCAGCCUAAAAACCAAAGGAGCUUGACAUUUUCAACACAAAAAGAUGUAUUUGUCAAGUGCCACAGAGGAACACAGACAACAACAACAACAACAACAAAAUACAACGAAAAAGAAAAAGGACAACCACAAAAAAAAACCAACAAAAAAAACUUGACUGGAACCUGUGUGCUACUUUUCUGACCUCAGUUUGUGGAGAUGCUCCGUGGCUCCUGGCUUUUCCACACCUUUCUUUCCUGUUUUGCACAAGCCUUCAAUGUGGACGCCGGCCGUAGUGUAGCCGCGGGGGCGCUGGUGUCGUCUUCGCGCCUCGGAAAAAAAAAAAAAAAAAAAUUAACAAUGGUGCGACAGUGAACUGAAGACUUGUCGGAUGAGCGAGAGAGCGAGGCCACCUCUUGUAUCCUGUGAAGCUCUGCCCUUUCUUUUGCCUUGACAACGUGCCCCAUGUGGUGAUGUGAAUGUGCGGAGGCCGCCCUCGGUCCACCUUUAUUGGCUUUUUAAGCGCAUGUAAAACCAUUUAAGAAAAAACGUAUUUAAGGAGAAAAAAAAAAAAGAAAAAUAAGAACUCUAAGCCUUGCGAUGAUGAUGUGGAUGUGUUUGUUUAACUUUGUUUUGCUUGGAAGACUGGAGAGAAGGAAAAGCAGAUAGCCGUAUUGAAGUUUCAGGUGGAACCUUUAUUCAGUUGACGCUGCAGAAUCUGAUAAUUAGUAUACAGUGGUGCCUUGAGAUACAAGGAAUUUAUUCCGAGACAAUGUUCCAAUCUCAAAUCGUCUUUCCUCAUUGAAAUGAAUGAAAAUGCCAUUAAUUCGUUAAUAUCACCCAAACUAAGGCUUGUAUAUUUAAAAAAAAUACUCUCAUCUCAAGGCUCCAUUGUGCACUAAACACUUGCAUGUUGACCGAUUUGGAUAAAAAUUUAGUUGUCGACGGACUGGUCUCGUCGGCUGUCGUUCAUAUUCUGCAGCCCGAAUCCGCUCGUGGGGUGUACGCUGGUCACGUUGGCUGUCAAACAUAUCAAGACAUGGAGAUAGAGAAGGUUGCAGUAAAUGGGUAGACUUCUAAAUUAGCCGUGUCCUUCAUGUAGCUAAGCUAAAUAAACACUGUGUGUAGAAGCCCUACCAGCCAUGUGUACAUAUGCACCACCGAGUGACAGUACAGAUAAAGUUUCCACCUUGAAAUGUUUUGUAGGAAUUACAGUACAGACGUCCUCCUAGCUCAGUAUUAUAGCAGGUGUUUUACACACAUACAAAAGCAGAAUUUUACUAGACCAUAUUUGAAAGAUAAAGAGUAUCUUAUCAAGAGAUCAAAACAGCCUGGGGGAUAGAAGGUGAGCUUCUCUAACUUUGUUAUAAUUAAUUGUAUACCUGUGUAUGUAAAUAUAAUGCAUUCCUAUUUUGCAGUCCAGAACAAAAUACUAUUUGUAAUAUAGAAUAAACUUUAUUAAGAAACCAAG